UUAUUUUGUAAUUUUAACCAAUGCUAAUUCAAAUAGACGCUCGCGCCUUCAGCAAGGAGAAAACUUGUUGCAGAUUCAUUUGGAAGAAGACUCGAGAGACAUGAAUCUGUUUAUUUUCCAUGGCCUCAUCCUGUUCGGAUUCAGCAUGAUGAUAAUGCCGGAAACAUUUGCAUUUGAACAGACAUGGUCUCAAUCUCAAUCUCAAUCAAUGCUCUUAAUGGAACCAGAGAUCCAAACGAAGAAAUGCCGAUACUUCAGAGACAAAACUAUGCUUACAUGCAACUGCCAAAGUCUUAAUUUGGCCAAAAUUCCAUCCAAUCUCGACAGAAACAUUGAGGUACUGGACUUCUCAUUCAAUAGAUUGGUUACAAUAAAUAAAGACACAUUCUCUCGAUUCACGAGUCUCAAAUACUUGGACUUACAUGACAAUUUCCUAAAAAAAAUCGAAGACUCUGCAUUUGAUCCAUUACAAGAUUUGAUGGUAUUGGACUUAUCGAAUACAUUAUCGGAAAAACUGCCAAAGGGAUUAUUUAACUUACCACGUCUCGAGAAACUCUACAUUGAAGAAAAUGAACUGACAGAAGCAAUUUUCAAAUCAGAAGUCACAUCACCAUUGACAAUAAUUCAGGCGUCAAAAAAUUCUAUUAAAAAAUUCCCCAAUUUUGGACCAUUGCCGACAUUAAUAUAUUUUAAUAUAUCAGAGAAUCAUAUAGAAAAAAUCAAUAUCAACGACAUUGCAUCAUAUUGUAAAUUAAAGACACUCGAUCUAUCAAAGAAUCCAAUUUCCUUCGACGACAAUACCUGUGAUUGUCAAUAUUUUAAUUCUUGGAUAAAGCAUCAUAAUAUAACUGUUCGUCCAAAUUUUCAAUGUUCAACUAAAUUGCAUUGCAUGGAAAAAUUCACUAACGAAACACUAUCACUCUAUCAAGAGUGUGAGGAAAUAAUCAAGGAGAAAAUAAAAAGCGAAAAAGCAAAAUCAACAUGGAUAUUGGUAUUAAGUUGUGUUAGUGGUUCAUUACUCUGUAUUUUCUUUAUUCUCUAUUGCAUUCACAGGAGAAAUAAGAAACGUCAUCGAAAAUUAAAAAAAGCACAACAAUUAGCAACGACUAAUGCAAAUACUGAACUUUUAAAUGGUAAUCAAGAACAGACGUGAAUAAAUUUUUUUUCUGAGUGAAUUUUUCUUUUUUUUUUCUUCGAGAAAAUAGUGACGAAAGAUUUUUUUUUUUUUUUUUUGAGGGAGAAAAUAAAAAUGGGGGGUUUUUUUUGUCGAGGAAAUAAAUAUAGUGACGAAGAGGUAGAAAUUGGUGUGGAUAAAAAAUUCUUCGUUUAUCCCCCAAAAAAAAAGAAAUUUUUCUUUUUUCUUGUCGUUUUUAAAUCUAGUCACUUGGCGUCGUCUGUUUUCAUUCAGUUUCAAUCUAACUUCUAAGCAGGGAAACGAACUCAUCUGUAAAGUGUAUUCAGUAAAUGUUACCAUUAAACACUGUCGUGAAACUGCGCAACAGCUGUAAAUAACUUUCUGUGAUUUUAU